AUUAUUGUGUCCCGAUUGUAUGUUUUUAUGAACAAUUUGAAUUAUUUUUAAAAUAGUUAUUAUUCUUUUUUAUUUAUUAUUGAUUUCAUUUUAAUUAAAUAAUACCGGUUUAAUAUGGAAAAUAUAGCUGAGGACAGAGAAAAUUUGAGUGAAUUCCUCGAAGAAGCUGAAUUACAACAGUAUUUUGAAUUAUUCAGGGACAUAUUAAAAAUUUCUAAAGUAUCACAACUUAAAUUUGUUGUGACUGAAGAUUUGGCACAGAUUGGAUUGUCGAAACCGGAACAGAGGCGAUAUAAAAAAAUAUAUUCUAAAUACUUCCCAAACCCAUAUAUUUCAAAAAUCAAAAAACUUUUAAGCUCAAAUAAAAGGAAUGAUGCAAAUUCGCAUGCCCACUCUUCUAUUUCAUUGGAAUUUCAGCCUUUUUCUGAUAAAAAUAUCAAAGUUCCUACAAAACACAUAAUAUCUAUUGAAGAUAUAACUAUAAAUAAAGAACUGGGCAUGGGUCAAUUUGGAGUAGUUCAACAAGGCACAUGGUCUACGGGUACACAAAGACUGCAAGUAGCCAUCAAAUGCUUAGGUCAUGAGAGAAUGACAUCAAAUUCAACAGAAUUCCUAAAAGAAGCAGCCGUUAUGCACAGCAUAGAACAUCCAAAUAUCGUUAGAUUGUAUGGUGUAGUAUUACACUUGGAUUCUUUAAUGCUGGUGACAGAGCUUGCUCCUCUACGUUCUCUCUUGGAAUGUCUGCGUGAAAUUGCACUGCGACCUAGCUUUCCUGUGCCAAAUUUAUGUGAAUUUGCUGAGCAAAUUUGUGAUGGCAUGACUUAUCUUGAAAACAAAAGACUGAUUCAUAGGGACUUAGCGGCAAGAAAUAUCUUAGUGUUUAGCAAGGAUAGAGUAAAAAUUUCAGAUUUUGGUCUAUCACGAGCCUUGGGCGUAGGUAAAGACUACUAUCAAACUAAUUAUAAUGUGAAUCUCAAAUUACCUGUAGCUUGGUGCGCUCCCGAAUGCAUACUAUAUCUUCGUUUCACUUCAGCGAGUGAUGUCUGGGCAUUUGGGGUAUGUCUCUGGGAAAUGUUCACGUAUGGCUUCCAGCCAUGGGCUGCUUUCUCUGGGCAACAGAUAUUGGAGGCUAUAGAUGCACCAAAUUUCCAGAGAUUAGAAAGACCUGAAUGUUGUCCGGAAGCAUAUUACACCACGAUGCUUGAAUGUUGGUCUCACAAUCCAAAUGAUCGACCGAAAUUCAGGGAUUUGGGCGCCAAACUAAGAGAAUUUCGCCCAGAACAGGUACAAUUCAUAACUAAUUCUCAGAAACCCGAGGAUGGCAGACGAAGUAAUUCCCUGGAAUAUAAAUCGGGAGAUAUCAUAACAGUAUUAGGAAAAGAAGAAAUGACCAAAACCUCAAUGUGGUAUGGUGUGCUGCCGGGCGGUGCAUGCGGCGUUUUCGACCCAAGCCAUACUAAACCGUAUACCAAAAAUGACAGGAUCGGGCCCACAUUAUCACCGAGCCCUGUUCGCGUCUCCGCUCGCUCGCUUCGCUCAUCGCUGCUGCGCACUGACGUCAAAAGACACACGUACACAGGCAAGCGGACUAUACAGCGGAGCAUGAUAUCAAGUCCGCAAGGGGACGUAAAACAUACAGGACACGUUGGAUUAGACGGUGCCUACUUUGGAGAUAUAUCCUUCUUAGAUCCAGCUGGCUGUCCUCCCCGCCAGGUCGUUGCACCGUACAGACCCUCCGAAGACUUGGAGCAAGUGCCAUUGAUAAAUCCGAAUUCGCCAUCGCAUUUCACUGCGGCAACAUGCACACCACCAUAUCCAAUGCUGUCAUCUCAGGAGGACAAACAUGUCUGCGACGAAGUAGAUCUGCCUUGUCCUGAAAUGAGAUCAAAGAGUCUGAAAAGAUCGAGUCAUAGAACAUGCGAACCUACGACGAGCAAAAGCAUUUUGAACAAGGUUAAAUCGGCGACAUUGGGACGUUCGAAUAAAACUGAAAAUGGCGCUUCUAAUGCUGAUGAAGUGCACGAGUACCACGAGAUAUCUGACACCGACACGGAGAGUAUCGUUAAUGAUAACGCAAGGCUCGAAAACUUGGUACCACCUGAGAGUCCAGGCAUACCUAAAACAUAUGGAGAUUUUAGUCAGAGUUUAUUAGAAGAAAUGGAGUCUUUAUUCCGAAGUCUAGACGGCAAGAAGCGAGAUGAAACGGGUAGCAUGAGUAGACAUAAUGAUGUGGAAACUACAAGAUCUCAUACAUUAAGUAAAAGUGAGAGGAAAAAAUCACUUCAAACCGAUACAAUGAAACCUAUGUCGGCGCACGAUGAAAAAACUCUGGAAAUUGCAUGUGCCAUGGCAAAUGAAUUAACUACCAGAUCAAUGGAUAUGGAGAGUGACGGUAAAGGUCCCAAUUCACCGAACGACCGGUCCAAAUUUCACUUCAAGUUUCCACUGAUGUCGUCCCAUCACACCGUGCCAUUAGAACUCGAGAAGGAAGUCCCUGGGAGAGAACGCCGUAAUUUUAGUGAAGAAGCCCAUAGAGUUCCAGAUAUACAGGCAACCAUCACAGAGGAGAGUAAACUAGCGUACACUAGCCUCAUAGAGCAGCCGACUCCCACGUCUACACUUAUCAUUUCACAGAUGCCCGGUGACGUCACCGGAAUAUACAAACCGGGAACCAUCCCUAAACUAGCACCCCGCACUAACACUAGCAAACAGUUUCACUCGCUCCAAAAAAUGCAUACGAACAGUAGGAAACCAUCUGCAAGUGAAGUGGACGGAUUCCAAACGCUGCCACACGAGCAGUUAAAGAACGAAUUACCAUUGCCGCCUCGAGCGAAUAAACCUAAAUUGGUUGAUAAACCAAGACAUAUCAGAAAAUAUCCACUCAAGCUGCCAAACAAUGGUCAAAUUAAAGAAAAUAAGACGUCUUAUCCUCAACCUAUAAUAUAUCAAAAUGCAGUCACAUGCCCUAAAGCGAAAGAUUCACACAGGGAUACAAAAUUCGAUGCAGAGAAGAAUGGUUUUGAUGUGUUCGAUGGUGCUGGACCGCCUAAAGUGGACACAAAUCCUUUUACUAAUCUCUCUUCUAGUGGUUCAGUAAAUCCGUUCGACUGUUAUCUGAAAAAAGAUAAGUGUGAUGAUGGAACCGAUGAGAGUGCUGUAGAAGCGGAAGAAGAAACCUUAGUACGCGAUUGUAGUGACCACGUAUCUGUGGAGGAUCUCCUGGAGUUUGCUGAUCAGAAGCCGUGCGGCCGCCAGCGCGGCGUCGAGUCAGAUGAAGUGCGGAUAAUGAGUAAAGUGCUCAAGCAGGUAACGCCAGAGGAAUGCCUAGAAGCCUUGGAGUUGAGUAACUGGAACGUUCAUCAAGCUAUCAAAGUGAUACGUGUUAGACUAUCUGUCGAACGAGACGUUGACCUUGCACUCUGCAGCCUUGAACUAGAGAAAGCCAGUGGCGAUAUCGUGAAGGCCGCCACCGCCUUAGUGCUUAAAAUCGAAUAGUAAAACACGAUGUUUUUAUUAAUGAAGGUCAAUUAUAUAUCCUUCACUCCAUUAUCGAUCACCUCAAGAUCUAUAACAACAAAAGUUGAAUGUGUGUUGUAUUGAUAUAUGACGAAUAAAUGUUGUGUAAACUAAAAUAGUGAUUUUUUUUACUUGAAACUCGUUUAGGUAUGUGUAAAAUAUAAGAUUUCAUUAAUGUUUACGUCACUUUUAAUUAUGAUUUUUAUUUUAAGACUGAAUACAAUCUUUCAAAAUGACCCUGAUGAAAGUCCUUUCGGUUUUUUUAAAGCUUUCCCGCUAUAUUUGACGAUGUUCGGCUAUUUGUAGGGUAGCUGUUACAGAAACACUGAGUACAGUCACCUGGUAACACCAACGGCUCGGUGUCGGUUUCUGAAUUGAGAAUUUAAGGUUCAGCUCGUCUCAAACCGCACUUAAGCUAUU